GGGCGCCGCCGACAGGGGCCCGCCGCCGCCGCCGCUGUGAGCAGCGUCCCUCCCCGGCCGGACAGCCAUCGGGGGCGGGGGCGGCGCGACCCUCGGGCUUCGAGGCCGGCGCGAGCGGGCGGGGACGAACAGUCCCACCCCGACAUGUAACCAUGGACUGCAGGACCAAGGAAAAUCCAGAAAGAACUUUUGACUUGGUAUUAAAAGUGAAAUGUCAUGCCUCUGAAAAUGAAGAUCCAGUGGUACUAUGGAAAUUCCCAGAGGACUUUGGAGACCAGGAAGUACUAAAGAGCGUACCAAAGUUCUGUUUCCCCUUUGACGUUGAGAGGGUGUCUCAAAAUCAAGUUGGACAGCACUUUACCUUUGUACUGACAGACAUCGAAAGUAAACAGAGAUUUGGAUUCUGCAGACUCACAUCAGGAGGCAAAAUUUGUUUAUGCAUACUUAGUUACCUGCCAUGGUUUGAAGUAUAUUACAAGCUUUUAAAUACUCUGGCAGAUUACUUGGCUAAGGAACUGGAAAAUGAUUUGAAUGAAACCCUCAAAUCACUCUAUAACCACCCAGUACCAAAAGCAAACAGUCCUGUCAAUUUGAGUGUGAACCAAGAGAUAUUUAUUGCCAGUGAGCAAGUUCUGAAAGAUCAGCCCUCCCUAGUACCGCAUUCCUACUUCAUUGCCCCUGAUGUAACUGGACUCCCAACAGUACCUGAGAGUAGAAAUCUUACAGAAUAUUUUGUUGCUGUGGAUGUGAACAAUAUGCUGCAACUGUAUGCCAGUAUGCUACAUGAAAGGCGCAUCAUCAUUACCUCUAGUAAAUUAAGCACUUUAACUGCCUGUCUCCAUGGAUCAGCUGCUCUGCUAUACCCCAUGUAUUGGCAACACAUAUACAUCCCAGUGCUUCCUCCACACCUGUUAGACUACUGCUGUGCCCCAAUGCCAUACCUGAUUGGAGUACACUCCAGCCUCAUAGAGAGAGUGAAAAAUAAAUCAUUGGAAGAUGUGGUUAUGCUGAAUGUUGACACAAACACUUUAGAAUCGCCAUUUAAUGAUUUGAACCACCUACCUAGUGAUGUGGUCUCGGCCUUGAAAAAUAAACUGAAGAAGCAGUCUACAGCUACUGGUGAUGGAGUAGCUAGGGCCUUUCUUAGGGCACAGGCUGCUUUGUUUGGAUCCUACAGAGAUGCACUGAGAUACAAACCUGGUGAGCCCAUCACUUUCUGUGAAGAGAGUUUUGUAAAGCACCGCUCAAGUAUGAUGAAACAGUUCUUGGCAACGGCAGUUAACCUCCAACUUUUCAAGCAGUUUAUUGAUGGGCGACUGGCAAAACUAAAUGCAGGAAGAGGCUUCUCUGAUGUAUUUGAAGAAGAGAUCACUUCAGGUGGCUUCUGUGGAGGAAACCCAAGGUCAUAUCAACAAUGGGUGCAUACAGUCAAGAAGGGAGGUGCACUAUUCAAUACAGCAAUGACCAAAGCAACUCCUGCUGUACGGACAGCAUAUAAAUUUGCAAAAAAUCAUGCAAAGCAGGGAAUAAAGGAAGUGAAGAGUAAGCUGAAACACAAGGAAAAUGAGGACGAUUAUGGGACCUGUUCUGGUUCUGUUCAAUAUACACCAGUUUACACAUUACAUGGUGAAAAGAGAGGAAACCUAGAAAAGCGUAAGCUUGCCCAGGCACACGUAAAAAGGCCUCUUAAGAGCCUUGAUGGUGCCCUGUAUGAUGAUGAUGAUGAUGACGUUGAAAGAGCUAGCAAGUUAUCUUCUGAAGAUGGCGAAGAAACUUCUGGUUAUUUUUAUGAAAGUGAUGAUUCUGUUGAAACAAGAGUAAAGACUCCUUACUCAGGUGAAAUGGACUUACUAGGAGAGAUCCUUGAUACACUGAGCACACACAGCUCAGAUCAAGGAAAGCUAGCAGCAGCAAAGAGCUUGGAUUUCUUCAGAUCAAUGGAUGACAUUGAUUACAAAUCUACGAAUAAAUCCAAUGCUCCUAGUGAGAAUAAUCUGGCCCUACUUUGUGGUGGUUCUGGUGAUCAAACAGAGUGGCAUCUUGGUCAGGAUGAUAGUGCCCUCCAAGGCAAACAUCUCCCUCCAUCUCCCAAGAAGCACGUUCCCUCUGGCAGUUUGACAGAUUCUCGGUUUAUCCUAAAGGAGGAAAACAGUGAAAAACACCUCAGCGCUGACAAUGUGAGUGACCCUACUGUAGCCGAAAAGCCAGUGUCUACUUCAGGAUUGGAUUUCCAGCUAGCUCCCCCUGAAGUUUCCCAAACUGACAAAGGAAGAACAGAGGAGAAAGAAACACUAUGCCAGACUUCCAGUGAUCUGCUUAUACCCAGCCUUGGGCGACACCUGUCUACUUUUGUUCCUUGGGAAAAAGAAAGGAAGGACACCAAAGACACUUCAGAAGAUGUUGGACUGCUUCAUGAAGUAGUGUCAUUAUGUCACAUAGCAUCUGCCUUCCAACAAGGUUUAAACAUUUCAGAAGAAAACAGAAGUGGAAACCAAGCUUAAAUCAGCAAUUAAGGGUCAGUCACUUGCAUCUGAGCUUCUGUCCAGACACUUUUAGAUUCCAUGUAAUCUAUAUAAUAAACAGAAGUAUUUGUAGGAAUAAUGAAUCUUACUAUUUAAAAAUUGAUUUUCAUUUCGAACAUGCAUUUCCCCCACUCAUUCAUCUCAUAGGUAUAUGUUAUUCAUUGAUUUUUAAAUGUAAAGCUAAUUCUUCUACUGUGCUUUAAAUCAGGUACUAGUGUGUAUGUAUGUUGAAAGUAUGUACAGAACAUAUGACUUCCCAGUAUUUGGUGCUUAAUGCCAUUCAUUUUAUUUAAACUAAGUAUGCAUAUGUAACCCUUGCACUUAACUAGUAGCUACUAUACUAAUCUGGUUAAGCAUGAACUGAUCAAGAUAUCAAAACUAGCUUGAAACUGCUGAAACUGUUGACCCACUAAUUGCCUUAAUCUUAAGCUAUAUUAAGCAUACUGAAAUAAUUUAUGGACUUACAUGUAAGUUUUUGAAGGACAAGUUACUAGUGUUCUGCAGAGCAAUAACAACUUUUCUAUUUAUUGAAUCAAGGUUAAAAUUAAUCUUUUCAAAGUUAAAAAGCUUUCUUGUGGAAAUGUUUAGUUUGCUUAUAGAAGGACACUGCAGCCAUGUUUUCCAAAAUUUUUAAAGGUACAAACUUAACUUUUGCUCAGUGAAAUAUAUGAAGUGCUGAAUUACAAUGUGAAGUUAAUAACUUCUGUUUACAAGUGAGACACAAAAAACUUUUCAGUCUCUCUGUAUGCCUUUGCUAUAUAGGAGUCCAACCCCAGAAAGCCAAAUGCAACAUAAACUGUUCUGAUAAAAAAAUUUCUCUUUUUUUUCCUUAAAUAAUAAUUAUCUGUCAAAAUCCUUUAUAUGAUCGUUCUCAAGUUUACUUUUUAAAAUAAUUGAUUUUAUUUUUAGAAGUUUUAAGUUUAUAGAAAAAUUGAGAAGAUAGUACAACUGCAGAGAAUCCCCAUACACCCCACCCACAGUUUCCCUUAUUAUUAACAUCUUAUAUUAAUAACAAUUAAUGAACCAAUAUGAACAUUAUUAUUAAAUAAAAUCCAUACUUUAUUCACAUUUCCUUAGUUUUUACCUAAUGUCCUUUUUCUGUUCCUCAAACCCAUUCAGGAUACCACUUUACAUUUAGAGUCCCCAUGGCUGAGGCAUUUUCUCAGAUUCUUGUUUUUGAUGACCUUGACAAGUUUUGAGAAGUAUUGGUCAGGCGUAUUGUAGAAUGCCCCUCAACUGGAAUAUUUCUGAUGCUUUUUCCAUGGUUAGACUGGGAUGAUGGAUAUUUGGGAAGAAGAUCACAGAGUUAAGUAUCAUUUUCAUUAUAGCUUAUCAAGGGUGCAUAUUGUCAACAUAAUUUAUGAAUGAUAAUAUUGACCUUGAGCACUACCCAACUGAGGUAGUGUUUGUCAGGUUUCUCUGCUUUAAAAUCCCCUCUUCCCUCCUUUUCCGUACUGUACUCUUUGGAAGGAAGUCACUAUGCAGAAGUCAUGCUCCCCUUCCUUUAGGGCAGAGUAUCUACAUAAAUUAUUUGGAAUUCUUCUGUACAGAUUUGCCUUUGCUCCCUCAUACUCACUUUUAAACUUUGAAAUUCAUCUGAGAAGAAAUCAUGCAUUGCAUGUUUCAUGAUAAGCUAGACUAAUGAUGGGCAGUUACUGUCUGGAAAAAAUCCAGUGAUGUUAUAAAAAUCCAGUGAUGUUAAUUAGUAUGUUCAGUAUAUCUGCCUUAUACAUGCCCAAUCAUGGAUGAUGAUAUUUUUUUAAUUGUCUUACUAGAAAAGGUGUUUGAGAAACCAUUCAAGAACCCCAUCAGAAAUGAACUCUAAAACAUUUACCAAAAUACUGUAAUUUUCAGUUUAAAAAAAUCCUGCAAGGGGUCAUUAAAACCUUGCUUAAAAACAUAUAUUCAGGUCACAGUCUUCAAAUUAUUUAAAAAGGGAGACAAAGUUUUUUUUUUUUUGUUUGUUUGUUUUUAUACAUUCCAAAAUCUAAAUGGAUAUGUUUUAAUUGGGACAAUUAUCCAUUCAUGUUUUAUAAAGGAAGACAAAUUUUGUUUAUCUUCUAAGGUUUGACUCUCUAUAUAUUAAGGAAAAACAUAUUUAAUCCUUACUUUUAACACAGAUGUAGAACUUAAGGGCCUUGUCAAAUUCCUCCUUUAUGUGCUCCUUACAAAAUUCCAUUUUACUGUAUUGAAGUAUAAAAGAGAAGAAGACUGUGUAUCAGAAGAGCCAUUUUAAUUGAAAAGGAAAAAAGUUCACUCUGGUUGUUAAUCUGCUUGACCAACAUUCCUUCAUAAUUUGCAAAAAGAAUAUAAGGCAGGCUUUUUAUGGAUUUUGGAAUGACUUUUGUUUUGUUUUGUUUUGUUUUGCUUCAGAAAUCAUAGUCUGAAGAAUGAAGUAUCUUAAGUGAAGCAUAGGCCAAAUUUGUGUUUUAGUCCAUUUGCUUAGUAAAUUUCAUGGCCUCAGAAAUGUAAGUUCUUUUUCUAUCUUUCAGUCACCUCACAACUUGUUUGUCUAUAUGACUGUGUUGUUUGGUGGCUUUUUAGUCACUAACAAAUAGCUAUUUUUCUUAGGAUAUUUGAAAGUGAUUUGUGCCUUAUUUUAGCAUACAAACUCAGCUGUUAACGUCCAUGUUAAAAACAGAAACAAAAAGAAAACUCUGCAAGUUAUUCUUGAAAAAAUCCAAAAGACUACUAGCAAGUAUUGGUAUUUCAAGCCAUUAAAUAUUUUGAAUAUUCAAAAUCUGUUUUUAAACUUACCUUCCCAGUAUUAUGGUAGUAUAGUGAAAAUGAAGUGAAAUUAAGGUAAGUUCUGAAAUAAACAAAAGUGUUACCUUAUUUUCUACUGCGUCCAUAUUUUCUAUUGUAAUGAAACCACAUAUUUUGUAAGCUUCCCUGCUAUUCUGUUGGGAAAAAAAACUACACUUUUUUUCAAAGAAGCAACACUUGUUAUACCCCAGAAUUGUAUAAACAAAUAAGAUUUUUGGCUUUGAUACCCAGUCCUUUAUACGGCUUCUAAAAUUGUCAUGAUUCUCUCCAAAUCCUACUCUAACUUUUAUCCUGUUACUCUUAGAUAUCGCAUCCAUGGGAUUUCAGGUGGAUAGAGUAGUAUGUGAAUUUAGGAGCCAUCAUUUUGAUAAGUGAAAGUGUUUUAGGUGUGGCAUAUUUUGACAGUUACCUACUUUAGCAAAUUUUAGAAAGGCGUCAAAAUAUAGCAUGAUUAUUUUUCUUUUUUUAAAAAAUUACUAACUCAUUCAUUUAGAAAACACUUAACUGAAUUUUUGUACCAGUCAUAUGCAUGGUACAGCAUCUGAGGAUGUGGAGAAAUAAAAUAAUCAAAGUAGUCUCUUGUCUGAAGAAAACAAUUAAAAGGAAAAGGAACUGCAAAUCUUUGUUAAAAUGAUAAUGAUGAUGAUGAUGAUGAUGAUAGUAAUAAAUACUUUGCUUAGAAGUUAUUAGCCCAAGAUUUUAAAUACACAAAAAAGAAAAGGUAUAUAUAUAUAUGUAUAUAUGUGUGUGUGUGUGUGUGUAUAUGUAUAUAUGUAUAUGUAUAUAUAUAUAUAUAUAUAUAUAGAGAGAGAGAGAGAGAGAGAUACUUAAACUAUGCUGCAAGUACAGAACCAUAGUUCUGUUUCUUAUUUCAAUAUCUUUCUCAUUAUUGUACUAAGUAAAAUAAUGCUGGUAUCCAAGAUAUCCACUUUUGAAGAACAGAUUCUAAGACUCUUUUAGAAACUGUGUGUCAUUAUCUAUUAUCUAUCUAAUUCUUUAUCACCAUUCUGCUCUGUCUUUUCACCAGGCAGCCCAGGGCCCUCUAAUAGAAUGAUGCUCCUUUCCAAUACUUACAGCGACUUUAAUUAGCUUAGGAAUAACUGAGGGUGUGGAUGCAUGUUGAUGGGAAUUCAGGUUUCACUGUUUUUACCUUGAAAACGGCAUUCUCCAGAAAGUCUCCCCUUUUUAAAUUCAAAGAGUAUUUGACGGUGCUGUUGUUAGGGUUAUGUGCUAAUAUCCUAAUAGUAGGAUCCAGGACUGCUAAUGAAUUAGUUGUGUCUUACAUAAGGUGAAGAAGUAAACUCUUGAUGAAGAGGAGAAAACUGUGAAUAUUCUCAUAAUCAGUAGACCUUCAAUCUCUUGUAGAAAAUUUGGAUUUUCAGGAAAAUUUUUCUAAUGCAACUUCAUUUUUGUUUAACAUAAAAGACCCUGAUUCUGAAUAGAUUUUGUAAAUCAGUAUAUAAAUUAAAGAAUGUAAAAGGAAUCCCCAAAUCUCAUCUCCCCAAAGCACUUCUUAAAAUAGCAAAUAGUUUUUACAAAUGCUUAUGUCAGAAUUGACAUCUUUCCUAUGUUGAGCCCAGUAAUAUUGUUAGUGUAUGUUUUUAAAAGCUUAUUAUAAGAGGCAGAAUUGUUUUGUCUAAGCCAGUUAACAUUUUGAUUUGGUCAAGAAAUAGGAACUAUGUGCAUUUAGACAGAUGCAUAUUUUAUUUUGAAAAUAAUAGGAUUUUGUGCAAUAUUUUUUCUUGCAUAAUUUAAAAUAUAAAUGUGCCCAUCUGCUUUUCCAGCAGAUGCAUUAAGGUCAUGGUUUUCAGUAUUUGUGUAAAACUGUAUGUAGCAAUGUUCUGUGUGAUUUUAGAGAAAAAAAAUAUAUUCUUUAUAUUGUUGGAAGGAAAAAUGUUUUUGUUUAUUUAAAGUAAUUGUGGAUAUUGCAUUAUUGUAUCGUAACUAACUGCCUCAGCAACAAUAAAUAUGCAAUACAAAAAUCCAGUACCUUAGAUUAGUAUUGACAAUACUGUUACUUUGAAAGAAAUAUGUAUAGUGCAAAAUGCUGAUUCCACCUGUGUACAUUCAACAAAUCCUCGGUUUUGCACCACAUAAAUCUAAAUGGCAUUUGUAUGGUGAUCACAUAUGUAGAUUUUAAUAUCCCUUGUGAUGUAUCUUUGCUAUGAUUUAUAAAGGGCAAUGCCAAUACUUUUUGACUGUCUGUAAAUUAAGUUAAUUUUUUUUAUGAUGUACAGUUUGUUUAACCUUAGAGCUUCUAUAGAUUUCUACUUUUGUUAUACUUGAAUGAGGCUGAAAAGCACUGUGGAAAAUCUGUAGCUCUGGAUGCAAUAUGCAACAUACCAAAAAAUAAAAUAAAAUAAGGUACGGAACAGCAAUGUUUAACUGAAUGUGGUAUGUCAAGAAAGCUAUAUAUUUUUUUCAACCAUACUUUAUUUAAAUGAAGUCAUUUAAAAUAUGCAAUGUUUUAAAAGAUUAGAGUCACAAAUGAGUACCUCUUUGAUAAGCUGACUUAUACGUCAUUUUAUCUGUGUUGCUUCAGCGCUCAGCUGUGGGCUUUGUUGAGGUCUGUUAGUACAUGCACCCUCAGGUGGACUACAGGAAGUUCAGGACAGGACAGAGUUAGAAUUCUAUGCAUGUUAAAUGCAACACAUAUAUCAAAUCACUAUCCUUCAGAUAGUAUACCCCAUAGGUUUCUUUCGGGAACCAUUUAAUGAUCAUAUACCAAAACCCUAGAUUUCUUAGAACUCUUAUGAUUUUAGAGCUUAAAGCAAUGCCUAAAAAGAGCAAACAAUAUGAACUGUACGAAUCGUACAACUUAAAAUGCAUAAAGUGUUUUUACAUAAAAGGCAAAUGAGAGGUUCAAACUUGAACUUUUCCAAAGCUUAUUUCCUUUGCUUUAGAUGAAGAAUUAGUUAAAGGACUGAAAAUCUUGUGUCACAGCUUUUCGCUAUAAACCUACCCAGCAUUGAGAUUUGAAUCAUUGUUUUUGCAUCCUUAAGGCUACAGUAUAGAUCAUCUCCAAAGUUGACUGCUGUUGGGAGAACACUGUAUAUAAAAGUAUUGCUUUGGGAAUUUUUUUAAAAUAUGCAAAUAAAUAUUGGGUGAACUCCAUAUUACCAUAAAGUGCCCUAGCAAUGCAGUUAUAAAAUAAAAUUGGCCACAAUAAAAAUGUACAUGGUGAUGACUCUUCUUUUCUAAUGACCAGUUAUCCCCCUCAGUGCUCUAGGAGGACUGCUGUGAGGACACUGCCACCACCAUUUCUGAGCUUUGUAACUGCUAAGUGUUCACUUUAAGCCUAAAUCUUUCUGAUGGGGCUGCAUGAGGGGUAUCCAUUCUUUCAUGUAAAGUCAACUAAUUUUAUUAGGCUCUAAGCUCCUAGGAAAAUAGUUAAAUAGCUAGAAUAUCACAGAUUUUAUCAGAGCAGGGCUAUCCAAACCAAGCAACUGUGUUUAUUGAUCCUCAUGUGAGGUCCGAGAACAGAUUCGAAAUACCGUAAAGUGUGUAUGAGCCAUGCUCAGGGAUUAGAAGGGUGGGAACUUCUCAUCCAAGAGCUGCGAUGGUUCCACCUAGAGCAAAGGUCAAAUUCCUAUUGAAAUAAACAGGUUUUCCUUUGGGUGCAGAAUUUCUGGGAAUAAUAUGCUGAACUUUUGUUUCCAAAGAAGCAGAGGCCUGACAAGAGAAGAGAUAUUAGCCCUGCAACCCUAGGGUUCAGCUAAACUUUUAUUGAUUUUGAUUAACACUUUGCCUGCCAAGUUCACAGGUCUUACUCUCAGUACCUGUUAGUGUCUCUCUGUGAAGUAGAUGGUUGUAUCUUAAUUUUAUAGAUGCAGAAACAAAAAACACAGUUGGAUUGUUCUUAUAUACAGAUGAAAGAAAUACGCUAUUUAUGGUAUUAUUAUAUAGUGAAUCUGAGACUUUUCUUGCCUAGAAAUGGCAGAAUGAAUUACAGGACCCAUAAAAAUGUGUACAUGCAUGGAUAAUAGAGCAGAAUGGCAUGAAAGUAGGGUAUGGUACCACAGAAGGUUUCAGGUGAACUACAACCUUCCCCAGAUUCUGACAUUGAUUUGGGCCUAUUACUUGACUUCCCUGAAGCUUUAUUUUUCCCAGUGUAAAAUAGAAGUGUCUAUUUUCUUAGAAAUAAUUAUUUAACACUUUUUUGAGAAACUCCUGUUUUCGUAGAAGCUGCCAUGCAAUUUGAGCAGUAGAAAAUAUUCCUAAGUAUCCAGUAUAGUUUGAAGUCAUGGUUGCUUGGAGUAUAAGAUCAUAAAAUACUAUACCUACAAAAAAAUCUUAGAUUUUAUCUAGUCUAGUGGCUCUGAAACCUAGCCUUUUAUUAGCAUCUCCUGGAGAGCUUAAAAAACAAACAAACAGAAGCCCUGCAGAUGCCCAGGACCACACUUACAGAGUUUCUGAAGUAGGUACCAUAAUUAGUCUUGGGUAGAGAUGAAGACACUGAGGUAAAUAAUAUAUAUGUAUAUAUGUAAUAGUACAUAGAAUAUAUAUAUAUUCUAUGUAGUAUAUAAUAAUAUAUAUACAUUUUACAUAUAAUAGUAAUGUGCUCAAAGUCCCAUAGCAGCAAAUUACCAAGCCAAAUUUGAACUCAGUGUUCUGGGGUUACACCCCUACUGUUAGGCAGAAAUGCAGGACAGAAACGAAGUGACAUACCUAAUGUGCAUUCCCUGUAAAGCUAUUCUGUCUCCACUUUCACCUUUAAGUAUUGGAGAAGUCUUUUUUUGACAAGAUACAAUUUACAAAUUUUUUUUUUUAUUUUGAGUAUGGAACUUCC